AAAAUAUAUAUAUACUAUAUAUACAAAUAUUCUCGCAUCCCAAAAUGAAACUAUUUACCAGUAAAAAUCAACGCAAUGCAAAGUUAUUGCGAUGUGCCUCAUUUGGCAUGACAUUGAUAUUAUUUGGUUCACUACUCCUGUUAACAAAUCCGGCAAAAAAUAUCCUAGAAACGCAAUUGAGCUUGCGUUCCGGCUCACUGCUUUAUUACCUUUGGUUGUCUCCUCCCCUUGAUGUUUACAUCAAUGUUUUUAUGUUUAACUACACGAAUGUGGAUGCCUUUGCCGCUGGCGAAGCGACCAAACUAAAGAUUGAGGAGGUAGGCCCCUAUGUCUACAAAGAAGUCCUCAGCAAUCAUAAUGUGACCCUGAAUGAGGCCAACAACACUGUUACCUAUUCACCACGCCGUGAGUAUAUUUUUGUGCCGGAGCGUUCGGUGGGUGAUCCGAAGGUUGAUCGCAUUCGUGCUCCCAACAUACCAUUGAUGGGCAUCAGCACCCUGGCGUCGGGUCUUUCAAUGUUUGCCUCUCUGGGAAUGAGUGCUCUUACCAAGCGUUUGAAAGCUGAACCUAUGCUGGAGGUGACCGUGCACGAGUAUAUGUGGGGCUAUGAGGAUCAUCUGGUGCACUUGGCCUCCAAGUUUGUGCCCAGCCUGAUUGAUUUCUCCAGUUUCGGUAUUAUGGAGAAGCUCUUUCGUGAGGGUAACGAGAGUACGGUGGUAAAUAUGAAUCUACUGGAGCCAAAGGAUAAGCAAGGAGUAAAAUUACCCAAUGUGCCAAGAGCUUACUCAUUAAACAGCGUCAAUUACGAGCGAGGAUUCAAGCGUUGGGAAUACGAUGAUGCCAGCAAUGGGACACAAUGUAACCGCAUUUGGGGAGGUCAUGAUGCCACCUUAUUUCCAUUGGAUAUGAAUGAGCAGGAUUUGUUUUAUAUUUACCGCCGGACAUUCUGCCGUCGUCUACCCAUGAGAUUUAACCGUACUGCCAAGUACGAUGGUAUGGAUGGCUUUGAGUUUGUUAUGGAGCCAAAUGUAUUUGAUAGCGAACUGCGCAAUUCGAACUCGUCGUGUUUCUGUAAAAACAAUCGUUGUCUUAAACAAGGUGUGGGCAACGUAUCGCCCUGCUACUACAAUAUGCCUUUGGCCAUUACCUAUCCACAUUUUAUGCAUGCUGAUCCCAGCCUUUUGGAGCGUUUCGAUGGUCUCAAUCCAGAUGAAUCACGCUUCACCUCCUCCUUUGUGAUCCAGCCACAAAUUGGAGCUCCAAUGCAAGGAACUCAUUUGCGUCUACAGGCAAAUCAAAUGGUUGGCAAAGUUAGCUUCAAUCGCCAGAUGGCCCCCUAUGAGAAUAUGGUCUUACCCUUGCUCUGGGUAGAUUUGAAUAUUGACACUUUUUGUCUGGCCCUGCGUUUGCUCAUACACGGAAUUAACUGGGGCUUUCAAUUGUUGCAAUGGAGUGUGGCUCUAAGUAUGCUAAUGGUCGGUGUGUAUCAGCUGAGUGUUGGAAUUUUACUUUGUCUAUGGCCAGGAGUCAGUUUCUUUAAGGUUGACAAGCCUGCCAGCACAAAGAGCCCGGCUAUGCGGAAGGCUUCCUUGGUUGCUGUCCUCCAGCAAGAGGAGCAACAAUUGCUCUUCCAGAACGAACAAAAAUCAAAGUUGGCAAUGGCCUAAUUGUGUUCUCUGUCUUUUACUCAGGAAUCUUAAGUUUUACCUCAAAUCUUAAGGAAAAAAGAAAAGAAAACAACCGUUAACGGAUGACCCACACGAGGCAUCCACUGUGAUAUUUAGAACUAAGCUAAGCAGCAGAAGAAUUGGCUUUAAUAUUAUUAUAAAUACAUACGUAAUUAUUCUUAUUAUUUGCUCGAUGAAAACAACUUAGGGAACAUUCUAGAGCCUUACGUAAUAGUUAACAUUUAAGGGUAAAGCUAGUUCGUAGCCUAGAAAAAUGUACAGCUGAGUUUGCACUCAAUAAAUACAGGUCGGUCAAUGCCCUCAAUGAGAGGCGAUCGUGUCUUCAAUCCA